GCGGACGGGGAGGAUAUGGUGGACCGGGUGAUUAUGGACAUCAAGGUGCACCAGAAUCAGGACACAGUGUUUAUAUCAGGACUUCCCGAUGAUAUCAAUGACGAACAGUUGGCCUCUCAUUACGGCUCCAUUGGUAUGAUUAAGAUCGACAAAAAGACGGGUAAACCGAAGAUCUGGAUCUACAGAGACAAGGCUACCGGCAAAGGCAAGGGUGAGGCCACUCUCACCUACGAAGACCCAGAGGCC